GAUCCUUCGGGCACAUUGAAGUGACAGGCCGCCGUGGGCUUGCACUCAGUGGAGUAGUAGUAGUUGUACGAGUGGGGGAGAUGCCGACUUUCGGCGGAGGAGAUGAGAGGAAGCGGUUUAUCCUCACCACCGUCCAUAACUACUUCGGGCUUCCCGCGGCUGAGGAGAUUCCUGACUGCCGCGAGCUCGACAGAUUCUUGGAUGAUGGGAACGAGUUCAUCCUGGCGGCACGGAGGGCCGGGGCCCGGCUUCUGCUCACCAACAAGGUUGACGCUGGCGACACGAAAGAUAAAGUUCUGGUGUUCUUUAAAACACGGCCUGAAGUAAUUACCGAAGACAACCUUCAUGAAAAUAUUCUGGUGUCCUCCAUGCUCGAUUCGCCUAUAAAUACACUUUACCAAGCGGUGAAGCAAGUCUUUGCGCCGAUGUUAUUGAAGGAUGAAAAAUGGAGUAAAGACCUCGACCCAAAACUGCAAACCUUGCUGAGUGAACUAGAGGCAGGCUUGGGAAGUAUACUGAGAAGAACUAUAUCCAGCCGCGGGGGCACAAGACUUGGAGCGGAAGAUGACUUACAAGGUAUUUUGACACCUAAUGACGAGUUCCAGUUUUGGGCAGAAAUUGCAGAGAGUAGGGCUAAAUCAAGCUCCAAAGAAAGAGCCGUUCAUUUUGGAAAUCUGUUUCAACCAAUUGCAAAAUAUUACUGUAGCCUUGAUAACCUUUCAUUGGCUGAAGUUGUGGAGCUUGUGGAAAGUACUCAGGAAGCAAUGGAUGAUGUGUGGAGACAGACAGAGUAUGACUCUUACCCUGAACAUCGCAUGAAGCAUUUGCUAGAGAUCACAGGCAAUGCUUUGGGCCGCUGCGUACAAAAAGCUCUUGGAGCGCUUGAUGUCUGGAAGAGCCCAUUUUCCACAAUAAGAGAAAACCUGAGGGCAGGAAUCACUGUUUGUGAGCAAUGGACGGCUGCUUGUCAGCAUCUGACGGGACAAGUAUGGCGCCGUUACUCUCCGCACCCUUGGAAAACCGAGACGUAUACACCUGAUUAUAUUAACAAGCUGGGCAAGCGGCUAGAAGAGGUAUUUACCAUAAGGAUGGUGCAUGAAAAGCUUGCCCACUUUUUACCGUACAGCGAAGACCAAGCCCAACGCCUUGUGAAAUUCUUUGAGCCUUUCACUGGCUUGAAUCCUGUGUACUAUAAUCCCUAUACGGAGCCUCUGUGGAGAGCUGCCGUUGUUCAGUAUGAAAGGAUCAUUGAACCAGCUGAGCAAAAAAUUGCAAACAAAUUAAAAACAUAUUUUUCUGAAAUGCAAGAUAAUCCACAACAGCUUCUUCAAGCUUUUCAAAAGCAUCAAGAUCUAGUGAAGCGACCGAGCGUCAGCAAACAACUUUCUCUAGAGAGAGAAACUCUACUGGCCAAGCUGCUGGACGGCGUCAAUGAUAUCAAGACAGACUUUAAAAGUCGUUGCCAUGGAUCUCCAGGGGAUUCCACCGGUCCUCUCGCCGGGAAGAACCUUCCCGAGGUUGUGAAUAACAUUGUGUGGGUACGCCAGCUGCAACUGAAGGUGGAUGACACCAUGAAGAUAGGAGAAACUCUCCUGUCGGACUUAUCCGGGUUUCAGUCUCUCCAUCGAAGUGCUGAAGAAAUGUUAGAAAGAUUGAAGACGUAUGAACAAGAGCAGUUUAGUGAAUGGGCGAGAGAUGUCCAGUCCAGCCUGUCUGAUCCUAAAUCAGGGUUAAGCAUACAGCCGAAAAGUCUUGCUGUGGAGUUUGACAGCACCAGCGGAGCGCUUAACGUUCAUUAUUCCGAUCGUCUCGUUGUUCUUCUGAGAGAAGUUAGGCAACUGUCAGCGCUUGGAUUAAUAAUUCCUGCGAAGAUUCAGCAAGUUGCAAAAACCGCUCAGCAGUUCUACAGGCAAGCAGUGAUUCUCAAACAGGUUGCACACUUCUACAAUACUAUAGAUCAGCAAAUGAUUCAAAGCCAGCGACCAAUGAUGCUAAAGUCUGCGUUGGCAUUUGAACAGAUAAUCAAGAAUUCCAAAACUAGUUUGGAUGAAACUGGGCAGAAGGCUAGCAUAACGUGGGACAAUCCUAAAGAUCUACAAAGCUAUAUAGAAAAGCUCCAGCGAGCAGCUGAGCAACUGUCCACCGAAAACCGAAAGCUUAGAAAGAAACACACCGACUUCUGCCAAAAGGUUGUUGCGCUUAUGAAUAUUGAUUUGCUGCGGCAGCAGCAGCGAUGGAAGGAUGGUCUUCAGGAGAUGAGAAGUGUUUUCACCAGUCUUGAAUAUCAGGGAUUCCAUCCCGGUGAUAUGAGGGCAUGGCGGCAACAUUGGAAUCAUCAGGUGUACAAGGCCUUAGAGCAUCAGUACCAGAUGGGCUUAGAAGCACUUAAUGAAAAUCUGCCAGAAAUAAACAUUGAUUUAACAUUUAAGCAGGGGAGAUUGCAGUUUAAACCACCUUUUGAAGAAAUUCGGGCCAAGUAUUACCGUGACAUGAAGAGGUUCAUUUCCAUUCCAAACCAGUUUAAGGGAUUAAGUGAACCUGGUGAAGAGCCAAUAUAUUCUGUUAUGUCUGAGAGGAAUGCAAAUGGCUUCAUCACCGUGUUCAGCAAGGCAGAAGAUUUAUUCCAGCGGUUAUCGGCUGUCAUGGAUCAAUUUAAGCAAUGGGUCGCGAUCGGGCAAGUAGAUGUUGAAGCUCUGAUGGAGAAAUUCUUAUGUAAUGUCAGCGACUGGGAGAAAAACUUCAAAGCUUUGAAAGUACGAGGAAAGGAAGUGGAACGACUUCCAAGCACUAUAAAGGUUGACUGCAUGACCAUUAACUGCAAUCCAGUGAAGGCUGUUAUAGACGAUCUCAUUCAGAAGCUCUUUGAUUCCCUUCUCAUCUCGCUGAAAAAAUCAAUCCAAGUUCACUUGCACAAAAUUGAUACCUUUGUGACCGAGGGAAUGGAAAUAUUAUCUAGCCGUCCCCAGAGCGUUGAAGAAAUUGGAGAGGCCAAUAUGAAACAUGGCGAGCUGAAAAACGGGAAACCAGAGAUAUUGCCUUUAUUUAAAGAGGCAGAAGAGAAGAACAGGCUACUGCGCUCGGUAGCGGGAGGCGGUUUAGAUACGAUUGGCAAUCUACGAGCAAAAUGGGAUAAAUUUGAAUUAAUGAUGGAAAGUCAUCAACUAAUGAUUAAGGAACAGAUUGAAAUAAUGAAGGACAAUGUCAAGUCCAGGGUCCAGGUAUAUUCUCAGGAACUGGAGAAAUUCAAAGCCCGCUGGGAUCAUCUUAAACCAAAUGAUGACAUCAUUGAAUCCGGCCAAGAAGAUGCUUUACAGAUGAGUGCCCAGUCGAUCAAAGAAAAGAAGUUAGAGUUUGAUGAACUUGAAGUGACAAAGAAAAAGCUGAUUGAGGACUGCCUGCACUUUGGCUUGGAGGCUCCUGACUUCUUCCUGGCAGAAGAAAUACGUAUAGAUAUUGAGGGUUAUUCAGAAACAUGGUCUUUGUAUGAGGAGUUCUCCCAAGGUUUAUUCGAAAGGGCAAAAGAAGACUGGAUCUCUUUCAGGACCAAGUACUAUAGUUUUGAAGAAUAUCUUUUGACCUGGCACGAUAGACUUAGGAAACUAGAAGAACAUACCACAAUGUCUGUGAAGUUACAGCGGGAUAUUGACAGAUAUAAGAACGUUGUGCCUGUCCUGAAGUACGUACGCGGGGAACAUUUGUCUCCUGAUCAUUGGCUGGACCUUUUCAGGCUUCUUGGACUUCCCAAAGGAACUACGUUGGAAAAACUGUUAUUUGGAGACCUUCUUAAAGUUGCUGAUGUUAUUAUAUCAAAAGCUUCAGAAUUGAAAGACCUUAAUAGUCGGGCUCAAGGUGAAGUUACAAUCAGGGAGGCUCUGCGGGAGCUGGAUCUUUGGGGAGCUGGAGCGGUGUUUACUUUGACCGAUUAUGAAGACAGCCAGGCACGGAAAAUAAAGCUAAUCAAGGACUGGAAAGAUAUAGUGAAUCAAGUUGGAGAUAACCGAUGCCUUCUCCAGUCUCUGAAGGAUUCGCCGUACUACAAAGGCUUUGAGGAUAAGGUGUCUAUAUGGGAAAAGAAGCUUGCGGAGCUUGAUGAAUAUCUGCAGAAUCUCAACCAGAUACAAAGGAAAUGGGUGUACUUGGAGCCUAUCUUUGGCCGCGGGGCACUUCCAAGAGAACAAGCCCGUUUUAAUAGAGUGGACGAAGACUUUCGUGCAAUAAUGGCAGAUAUAAAGCGGGACGACAGAGUAACGUUAUUAACGUCUCGGGCUGGAAUCCGGAACUCUUUGAUUACUAUACUAGAUCAGCUUCAACGAUGUCAGAAAUCCUUAAAUGAAUUUUUGGAGGAAAAAAGGUCCGCUUUCCCUAGGUUUUAUUUUAUUGGCGACGAUGACCUCUUGGAAAUCCUGGGGCAGUCCACCAAUCCGGCUGUAAUUCAGUCUCACCUGAAGAAACUGUUUGCAGGAGUGAACAGCGUCACUUUUGACGAUGACUUCAAGAACAUAACUGCCAUGAAAUCCCUGGAAGGAGAAGUUGUUCCUUUGAGAAGCAUGGUGCCCAUUUCUAGUGAUGUUGAGGUUUGGUUAAGCAAUUUAGCCACACAGAUGAAAGCCACUUUGCAGAUGCUACUAGUAGAUUGUGUUAAUACAGGCAAAAGAGCCCAGGGCAUCAUUGAUCCUCUGCGAUUUCCUUCCCAAAUUCUGUGUCUAGCCGAACAAAUUCAGUUCACUGAAGAUGUGGAGAAUGCCAUCCGUCGAGGCAGCCUGCAUGAGAUCGAGCUGGAACUGGCGGCUAAACUGGAGCACUACACCAGCAUUGAUAAUACGAAAGGUGCAGAUGCAGGAAUCCUUGAGCUGAAGUUAAAGGCUCUUAUCCUUGAUGUGAUCCAUAACAUUGACGUGGUGAAGACAUUAAACCGAGCCCAGGUACGCAGCACGGAAGACUGGGUGUGGAAGAAGCAGCUGAGAUUCUACAUGAAGCCCGACAGCAUGUGCUACGUACAGAUGGUCGAUGCGGAAAUGCAGUACACCUACGAAUAUCAGGGCAAUGCUCCAAAACUGGUUUAUACUCCACUGACCGACAAAUGCUACCUAACGCUGACUCAGGCCAUCAAGAUGGGUCUUGGGGGGAAUCCCUACGGCCCAGCGGGGACCGGCAAAACGGAGUCCGUCAAGGCUUUGGGUGGACUUCUUGGAAGACAAGUUUUGGUUUUCAACUGUGAUGAGGGCAUUGAUGUAAAGUCCAUGGGAAGGAUAUUUGUCGGCCUCGGGAAGUGUGGCGCCUGGGGCUGCUUUGAUGAAUUUAAUAGACUAGAAGAAGCGGUGCUUUCGGCUGUGUCUAUGCAAAUUCAGACCAUCCAAGAUGCUCUGAAGAACCAUAAAUCUUCAUGUGAACUGCUAGGGAAAGAGGUUGAUCUGGAUCCUAAUUCUGGAAUUUUCAUAACCAUGAACCCUGCUGGAAAAGGUUACGGAGGGCGACAGAAGCUUCCGGAUAACUUGAAGCAGCUUUUCCGCCCUGUAGCCAUGUCUCGCCCUGACAACGAACUUAUUGCCGAAGUGAUCCUCUACUCGGAAGGUUUUAAGGAAGCCAAGGCUUUGGGUAGAAAGCUGGUAGCCAUAUUUAACCUGGCUAGGGAACUCCUGACACCUCAACAGCAUUACGACUGGGGCUUACGCGCCCUAAAGACGGUUCUCAAGGGAUGCGGGAACCUUCUUCAUCUGCAGAAAAAAAGUGGAGAAAAAAUGAAUAUUGGCGAAAGUCAUAUUGUGGUACAAGCCCUGCGACUCAAUACCAUGUCAAAGCUUACGUUUGCCGACUGCUCGCGGUGUGAUGCCCUAAUUAAAGAUGUCUUCCCCGGAAUCGAUUUUAAAGACGUAGAAUACCUGGAACUAAACAUGGCUCUGCAGCAGGUGUUUGAGGAAGCAAAUUUAGAAAUCAUUCCAAGUCAGAUUAAAAAAGCUCUGGAACUAUAUGAACAACUGCGUCAGAGAAUGGGGGUGGUCAUCGUCGGGCCAAGCGGUGCCGGCAAAUCAAUUCUAUGGCGCAUGUUGCGAGCGGCACUUGGCAAGACGGGAAAGGUGGUUAAACAGUACACCAUGAACCCGAAGGCCAUGCCGAGACACCAGCUACUCGGCCACAUAGACAUGGACACCAGAGAAUGGUCGGAUGGCGUUCUGACAAGCAGCGCCCGUCAAGUAGUGCGAGAACCUCAAGAAAUGAGUUCUUGGAUCAUCUGCGAUGGCGACAUUGACCCCGAGUGGAUUGAGUCUUUGAAUUCUGUCCUUGAUGACAAUCGCCUUCUGACCAUGCCUAGCGGAGAGAGGAUUCAGUUUGGCCCCAAUGUAAACUUUGUGUUUGAAACCCACGACCUAAGCAGCGCUUCUCCUGCCACCAUAUCGAGAAUGGGAAUGAUUUUCUUAAGUGAUGAGAACACAGAUCUGAACUCUCUGAUAAGAUCGUGGCUCCGCGGACAGCCCGAGAACCUCCGACAUAACUUGGAAAAUUGGAUUGGAGACUAUUUUGAAAAGGGAUUAAACUGGGUCCUUAAACAGAAUGACUUUGUGGUAGAGACCAGUCUCAUUGGAACGGUUAUGAAUGGAUUGUCGCACCUUCACGGGUGCACGGAUCGCAGUCAGUUUGUCGUCAGUCUCAUCCGUGGACUCGGAGGGAAUCUCAGCAUGAAAUCAAGGAACGAAUUUGCAAAAGAGGUUUUCAGUUGGGCUAGAGAAUCACCACCUGAUCCCCGCAAACCCUUGGACACCUACUAUAACCCCAAAGCCGGGCGCUUGGAAUCGUACGUCCUCGAGAAACCCGACAACCUGACAAUCGAAGACUUCCGAAAUCCUCAGGCUCUCCCGGUUAUCAGGACGCCCGAUAUCCAGAGAGGACUCGAUUAUUUCAAACCCUGGCUGGGCUCCGAUACUAAACAACCAUUUAUAUUAGUUGGUCCUGAAGGUUGCGGAAAAGGGAUGCUCCUGCGCUACGCGUUCUCCCAGCUUCGUUCCACUCAGAUCGCUACGGUUCAUUGCAGCGCACAGACAUCCCCCCGUCACGUCUUGCAAAAGCUUACCCAGACCUGUGUGGUCUUCAGCACCAACACCGGCCGAGUCUACAGACCAAAGGACUGCGAGAGGCUGGUGCUUUACCUAAAAGACAUUAACCUACCCAAACCCGACAAAUGGGGGACCAACACUUUAGUUGCGUUUUUACAACAGGUUUUGACGUACCACGGCUUCUAUGAUGAUAACCUUGAGUGGGUUGGGCUGGAAAAUAUUCAGAUUGUGGCCUCGAUGUCUGCUGGAGGCACCCUAGGACGACACAAGCUGACCACUAGGUUCACAUCGGUAGUCCGUAUAUGUAUUGUGGAUUAUCCCGAACGGGAACAACUUCAAACUAUUUGCAGCUCGUAUCUGGAGCCCGUUAUUCACAGAAGCCUAAAGAAUCACCCAACGUGGCGCUCGCUGGCAAAAAUCCAGCAGAUAGCGGGAUCUAUGGUCCAAGUUUAUGAGCAGGUUCGUGCCAAAUUCUCCGUUGAUGAUUAUAGUCAUUAUCUCUUCACGCCUUCCAUCCUUACCCAGUGGGUCCUCGGGCUGUUCAGAUAUGAUCUAUCUGGCGGAUCUUCAAAACAGCUUCAAGAUUACGUGCUGGAAAUUAUCGCGUAUGAAGCCCGCAGAUUGUUCCGUGACCGACUCGUAACCACUAAGGAGUUAAAUACUUUUGACAACAUUUUAAUGUCUGUUCUUCAAGGAGACUGGGGUUCCGAAAUCCUAGACAACAUGACGGAUUUGUUUUAUGUAACUUGGGGAGCGCUGCAUGAGGCCGGAGGGGUAUUUGCACCAGGACAAUCGUUACCCCCGCAUGGAAGGCCACUUGGAAGAUUGAACUCUGCGGAUUUAAAAGAUAUUAUUAAAAAGGGCGUCAUUCAGUACAGCCGUGAUAACCGGGAGCUGGAUAUCCUACUGUUCCACGAGGUGCUGGAGUACAUGUCAAGAAUAGACCGAGUCCUGACCUUCCCGGGCGGCUCGCUACUCCUGGCCGGGCGCAGCGGCGUUGGCCGCAGGACGGUCACGUCUCUAGUUAGUCACAUGCACGGAGCCGUGCUCUUCACCCCCAAGAUUUCCAGGGGCUACGAGCUAAAACAGUUCAAGAAUGACCUGAAACAGGUCUUGCAGAUGGCUGGGAUUGACGGGCAACAAGUUGUGUUACUGCUGGAGGAUUAUCAGUUUGUGCAUCCUACAUUUUUAGAAAUGAUCAACAGCCUGUUGUCAUCAGGUGAGGUUCCUGGUCUAUAUACCGUAGAAGAACUUGAACCGCUUUUGUCUCCAUUGAAGGACCAAGCAUCUGAAGAGGGCUUCACAGGACCCGUGUUUGGCUAUUUUACCCAUAGAGUCCUUCAGAAUCUACAUAUUGUGCUGAUCAUGGAUUGUACGAAUCCAAAUUUCACCAUAAACUGCGAGAGUAACCCGGCCUUGUACAAGAAGUGCUCCGUGCAGUGGAUGGAGCGGUGGUCUGAGGGCAGCAUGAAAAAGAUCCCCAGAAUGCUCUUUCUGGACUCAUCCAGUGGAGAAAAGCUUUCAGUGGAGGGUGAAUACAGUAAAAGCUCAUCGGGAGAAUCAGAUUUUUUUAAGUCCUUCUUGAUGAUUCACGAAUCUUGCAAAGCAUAUGGAGCUACUGCCAGCCGGUUCAUGACCUUCCUUCGGGUGUACGGAUCACUCUUCAACAGCAAGAAAACCGAGCUGACAAAGAGACAGAAACACCUGCAGGCUGGCGUCUCAAAGCUGAACGAAGCCAAGUCUCUUGUAGAUGAGCUGAAGAGAAAAGCAGGAGAGCAAAGCUUAUUACUAAAAACCAAACAGACUGAAGCGGACUCUGCUCUGCAGGAGAUCACCACCUCGAUGCAGAACGCAAGCGAUCAGAAAACCGAAAUGGAAAAAAUAAAACACAAACUUGCAGAGGAGUCCGUUAAAAUAGAAGAAAGGAAACAGAAGAUUGAAGAUGAACUAAAGGAAGUGCAGCCCCUGGUUGAUGAGGCGAAGCGGGCGGUUGGAAACAUUAAACCCGAGUCUCUGUCUGAGAUCCGCUCUCUGCGGAUGCCGCCAGAUAUCAUCAGAGACAUCCUCGAAGGGGUUCUGAGACUCAUGGGUAUCUUUGAUACUUCAUGGGUAAGCAUGAAAAGCUUUCUUGCAAAGCGCGGUGUGCGGGAAGAUAUUGUUACCUUUGAUGUGAGAAAUAUCACGAAGGAAAUCCGAGCCAGUGUGGAAGAGCUCCUGGAAAAGAAUAACACCUCCUUUGAUCCCAAGAAUGCAAGGAGGGCGAGUGCCGCUGCUGCCCCGCUGGCUGCCUGGGUAAAAGCCAACGUCCAGUAUUCCCAUGUGUUGGAAAAAAUCCAGCCCCUGGAGAAGGAACAAGCCAGUCUGCAGUCUAAUUUCAGGAAAACCGAAGAAAGGAAGCAGAGGUUGGAGGACCAGCUUAACACCGUCGGACAGAGGGUGACAGAGCUCAAAGAAAAGUUUCAAGCCAGAACAACUGAAGCGGCCAAACUAGAAGCAGAAUUAACCAAAGCCCAGGAAAUAAUUCAGUCUGCAGAAUUACUCAUUAACCAGCUAGAUGGGGAGCACAAAAGGUGGAAUGCGCAGGUUGUAGAAAUAACAGAAGAAUUAAACUCUUUGCCAAAAAGAGCUCAGCUGGCAGCUGCUUUCAUUACGUACAUUUCAGCCGCUCCAGAAGACCAGCGGAAGGACAGCAUAGAUCAAUGGAGGAAAGCAGUAGGGCUGGAAACCUUUGAUUUAAGACGCUUUCUGUCUACUGAGAGCGAGCAGCUCAUUUGGAAAAGUGAAGGGUUGCCCUCUGACGAGCUCUCCAUAGAGAAUGCACUUGUCAUUUUGCAGAUCUGUGCUUUGACGCCGUUGAGCCAAGUGUGUCCGUUUCUGAUAGACCCAUCUUCCCAAGCAACAGAAUGGUUAAAAACACACUUGAAAGAAUCCCGCUUGGAAGUCAUUAAUCAACAGGAUGCAAACUUCAUCACCGCUCUUGAACUGGCCGUUCGCUUUGGCAAGACCCUCAUUAUCCAGGAGAUGGACGGAGUGGAGCCCGUGCUUUAUCCGUUACUGAGGAAAGAUCUCAUUGCUCAGGGGCCUCGGUAUGUUGUGCAAAUUGGCGAUAAAACAAUUGACUACAAUGAAAAUUUCCGCUUGUUCCUGUCAACACGCAAUCCUAACCCGUUUAUACCACCUGAUGCCACAUCCAUCGUUACAGAAGUCAACUUUACAACCACAAGAGCAGGUUUAAGGGGCCAGCUCUUAGCCUUAACAAUUCAGCAUGAAAAACCAGAUCUGGAGGAACAGAAGACAAAACUGUUGCAACAAGAAGAAGAUAAGAAGAUUCAGUUGGCUAAACUUGAAGAAACUCUCCUUGAGACCCUUGCGACAUCCCAAGGAAAUAUACUUGACAACAAAGACCUGAUUGAAUCCUUGAAUCAAACUAAAGCAAGCAGUGCGCUGAUACAGGAGUCCCUUACAGAGUCUCACAGACUUCAGAUUUCCCUGGAUCAGGAACGGAACGCAUAUCUUCCUCUAGCAGAAAGUGCCAGCAAGAUGUACUUCAUUAUCUGUGACUUAUCCAAAAUUAACAACAUGUACCGUUUUAGUUUGUCGUCUUUCCUUAGACUUUUCCAGCGGACUUUGCUUAGCAAACAGGACUCAGAAAGUACCGAAGUCCGAAUUAAAUCGCUGAUCGGUUCUUUGAAGCAUACGGUCUAUGAGUAUGUCUGCCGUUCCUUGUUUAAGGCUGAUCAGCUGAUGUUCGCCCUGCAUUUCGUCCGUGGAAUGCAUCCGGAGCUUUUCCAGGAGAACGAAUGGGAUGUUUUUACCGGUGUUACCAUUGGAGACGUAUUCAAGAAAUCUGAUUCUCAAAGGACACUUCGGGAUCAGAUUCCGUCAUGGAUUGAGCAAGAAAGAGCGUGGGCAGUAGCCUUGUUAAAGGCUUCGCUUCCAGCUCUUUAUCAGACUCUGAGCCUUGAAGAUGCAAAUCUGUGGAAUCAUUUUUCAAGGAGCUCGGCUUGUGAGCAAGAUUUUCCUGCGGCCAUCGGCAAGAAACUUUCCUUAUUUCAGCAGGUUCUGGUUGUCCAAGCAAUUCGACCAGACAGACUUCAAAGUGCGAUGGCCCUCUUUGCAUUCAAGAAUCUAGGACUGAAAGACUUGUCUCCUCCACCUCUGAAUCUGAAACGCCUGAGUAAGGAAACUCUGGCUACGGAGCCAGUUCUAAUAAUGAUAUCUCCGGGAGCUGACCCGUCCCAGGAAUUGCAGGAACUGGCCGGUGCCGAGAUUGGCAGAGAGCGGUAUCACGAAGUGGCGAUGGGUCAAGGCCAAGCUGAUCUAGCCAUACAAACAUUAAGGGAGUGUGCCAAGGAAGGGGAAUGGCUCUGCUUAAAAAAUCUGCAUCUUGUCAUUUCUUGGCUUCCUGUCCUGGAAAAGGAAUUAAACACCCUCCAGCCAAAUGCCAAUUUCCGCCUAUGGCUUACUGCGGAAGUUCAUCCAAAAUUUACAACGAUUUUGCUGCAGUCGAGUUUAAAGAUAACAUAUGAGGCACCACCUGGUUUGAAGAAGAACCUGUUGAGGACAUAUGAAUCCUGGACACCAGAACAGAUAAACAAGCGGAACCUCCCAUCCCGAGCACAGGCUUUGUUCAGCCUCGCCUGGUUCCAUGCUGUGUGUCAGGAACGGAGGAAUUACAUUCCCCAGGGAUGGACAAAGUUUUAUGAAUUUUCAUUAUCAGAUCUGCGUGCAGCAUAUGACAUUAUUGAUCGACUUUAUGAAGGUGGCAGAGACUUUCAGUGGGAUUUCGUCCAAGGCCUUUUAGAAAAUGCAAUUUAUGGAGGACGGGUAGACAACUACUUUGAUUUGCGAGUGCUUCGAUCCUAUUUGGAACAGUUUUUCAAUUCUCAAGCAAUUGGAGGCUCUCAGAUGAGGAGCAGCAAAAUGACUCAUUUCCCCGUACCCGUGACCUUGCCAAAUUCCUGCAGCAUUAUGGAGUAUCGUGGUGUUAUAGAAAGCCUUCCGGAGGAUGACAAACCAAGCUUUUUUGGUCUUCCUGCCAACAUUGAGCGUUCAUCCCAGCGCAUGAUCAGUACACAGGUUAUUUCCCAGCUGCGGAUUCUUAGCAGGUCUCUGACCGCAGGCUCCAAAUUUGACCGAGAAUUGUGGUCUAAUGAAUUAUCUCCCGUCCUUAAUCUGUGGAAGAAACUGAAUCAGAAUUCCAAUUUGAUCCAUCAGAAGGUGUCCCCACCGACGGAACGGCACGGGUCCCCCAUUCUCUCAUUCAUCAUCCUUGAACAGUUUAAUGCCAUUCGCCUAGUCCAGAGCAUUCAUCAGUCAUUGGCCGCUCUCAGUAAAGUGAUCCGGGGGACGUCGCUGCUGACAUCUGAAGUGCACAAAUUGGCCAGCGCCUUAUUAGAUCAGAAGUGCCCUCUUGCGUGGCAAAACAAAUGGGAAGGCCCUGAAGAUCCCUUACAGUAUCUUAGAGGAUUGGUCACUCGAGCCGUGGCGAUUCAGAAUUGGGUAGAAAAAGCUGAAAAGCAAACAUUGUUAUCGGACAACCUUGAUUUGUCGGAGCUGUUUCACCCGGACACAUUUCUCAACGCUUUACGUCAGGAAACCGCAAGAACUAUGAGCUGUUCCAUGGAUAACCUCCGAUUUGUGGCUUCCUGGAAGGGAAGAAUACAAGACGCAAAGCUACAAGUAAAGGUCAAUGGCUUACAGCUGGAAGGCUGCAGUUUUGAUGGAAGCGGUCUUCUUGAAAACCGUCACGAUUCUCCAAGUGUUUCCGAGGUUCCCUCCUGCUACAUGGCUUGGAUUCCGCAGCAGUCCCUUAGCAUGUAUUCGCCAGAGGAGUGCAUUUCCCUCCCAGUAUACACCAGUGCAGAGAGGGAUCGCGUUGUGACCAACAUCGAUGUCCCCUGCGGAAGAAACCAAAACCAGUGGAUUCAGUGCGGGGCUGCAUUAUUUCUGAAAAAUCAAUAGUUUUAUUAACCGUGUAAAUGUAAAACAAGCUCAUUUAUAGCGUUCCGUAUAUAAGAAUAUAGGCUUUGUUGAUAUUGCUAGGUUGUGAUGUGUCAUUUUAUAUUGCAAGGUCAGUAGAUAAAAAUAAAAUGUUUCAAUAGAA